GAUUACAAAAAAAAGAGAGCUCGAGAGGGGGAUAGACACCAAAAUGGACGAUAACUCUUACUAUUUAGAAGCACUCCUCGAUAGUGCUUUAGGCGAUUUCCAGGAUUUCAACCUUGAUUCUUCUGGCCAAAGUAAUGUGGAUGGUGGAGAGGAGAAAAAAGAUAAGCUCUCUUUGCCUUCUGGUGUUCAAGGGUUGGGCAAUGGGUUGCCUGAUUUGAUAAGUUAUAAUAAGAAAGGGAAGCAGAAGGUCUCGAUAGAAUCUGACGUUUCAGUGGAGCCUCAGAAGGUUAGGCAGCAGACACGAGAGGUUGUCCAGGAGAUGGAUUCAACCACAGACAAGGUCGGUGGAGAUGAUUUGACGAAGGAAAUAAUGGUUGAUGAUUUGGUUAAGCAGAUUGAGGAGCUUGCUGGGUCUCAGGACAUGGAAUCAAUUGCAGAGACCAUGAUGCAGCAGCUUUUGUCUAAGGAGAUUCUUCAUGGACCAAUAAAAGAAAUCGGAGAAAGAUAUCCAAAGUGGUUGGGAGAUCAUAAGUCUGGAUUGAGCAAAGAAGAAUAUGAGCGCUACAACCACCAAUAUAUGAUCAUAAAACAACUGAACGUAGCAUAUGAAAAUGAUCCUGGUAACUUUCCCAAAAUAGUUGUUCUCAUGCAGAAAAUGCAAGAAUGUGGCCAACCCCCUAUUGAUAUCCUGCAAGAAUUUGCUCCUGAUAUGGAGUUAACCAAUCUUUCCCUGUUGUAAGUGUUAUAUAUAUAUAUAUAUAUAUAUGAUGGUUUUUUAUUCUAAGUAUAAAAAUCUGCUAUACUAUUGAUUGAAGUGUAAUGUUGUAAAGUUUAAACUAUGCACAUGCAUGCAUGUAUGAUAGUGUUGUUGUUAACAUUGGGCUUUUUUUAUAUGGAAGUGUGGAUUUGAUACGAGCACAAGUGUGUGAAUAUGGAAUCAUUUGCUCC